GCAGUAGUGCGUUUCAAACCAAUGCAUAAAUUCUUAGUAGUAACAAACUAAUUUAAUCCGCUGCCACGGCCGACUGCUAAUUUAUGUUAGCAUUGUGAGGGUAUUUAAGGAACAACAAAUUGUUUAAAUUUUAGUUAAUUUUAUAUCGUUUGUGCGAGAGAUUAGUUGUAGUUGAAUUAUGGAAACCUCAGAGUGUUUUUACGAUAAUAAGGAACGAGUGUGGUGUAGUACGAAUUCACCGUUAUUCUACGAUUUCAACUGCUCUUUAGGAUAUAUUAUUUAUAGAAAUUUGAGGAAUUUUCCAAGCAGAGUUUGCCAAGUUUCAGAUAUUGAUGGCCGGGAAGUGACCAACCGUGAAUUGCUAACCUGGUCCACACGCUUGGCACUGUAUUUUAAGAAAAUGGGUCUACGACACGAUGAUGUCAUCGGCAUUGUAGCAAAGAACAGCACCUAUACAAGCUCGGUUGCGAUUGGCUGCUUUAUGAACUGUACGCCCUUCCAUUCCGUAAAUUCGGGUUUGGAUAAAGAUACAAUCCGUCAGAUCUUCCAAAUAACCGCACCGAAAAUAAUAUUUUGCGAUGGCGAAAUUUACGAGAAAAUUCAUGAAGCCACUCGUUCUUUGAGUCCAUUAAUCUAUACGCUUACCGAACAUAUUGACGGCGUUGCCACAGUUGAAGACUUGUUGAAUCCUAUACCAAGUGAAAAUCUUUACAAACCUGAGCUCCUCGUGUUGGGUGGUGAGCAGACAGUAGCAAUACUUUGUUCAUCCGGCACAACGGGUGUACCUAAGUGUGUAUGCAUGUCGAGGCAUAUGCUGAGCACUAAUUAUUCAUUCAUAACCAGCGAAGAUAUAAUUUUCACAAACAGCAGUUUGGACUGGGUAUCUGGCGUUUUCUUCACUUUACUCUCUGCGAUCAGAAGUUGUAAACGUGUAAUUACCAACAAGCCCUAUACCCCCGAAUAUAUGAUUGCGCUGGUGAAGAAAUACAAAAUCUCUUAUAUACUAGCUGCGCCACGUCACGUUUCAACUUUGGUUGCUUGUCCAGCAGCCACCACAUAUAACAUGAGCUCCGUUCGAAAUUUCUUAGUUGGGGGUGGCUGUAUUAGUCAAUCGACUUUGCAACAACUGAGAGGUUUACUUCAAAAUGGCACAGUUAUUUUUGUUUAUGGCAUGACGGAGGCUGGCUUUUUAUCGAUGAACUUGGAUGAUAAAUAUCCCACCUCAGUAGGCAAAUUACUUUCGGGAAUUAAGGCUCGUAUUGUUGACGAAGAGGGAAAGAAUUUGCCACCGAACGCAAUCGGUGAGAUUUUUGUGAAUAUUGGACAUACUUGGGGUGGCUACUAUGGCAAUCCAAUUGAGACAAAAAGUCUUCAAGAUUCGGACGGCUGGUUACAUACUGGGGAUCUCGGUUAUUUCGAUGAUUAUAAUAUGCUUUAUGUAGUCGAUCGCAAAAAGGAUAUAAUGAAAUAUCAUGGUGUACAAUAUUGUCCAGCCGAAAUUGAACAGGUGAUCAACGAAUUGCCUGAGGUGGAGGAUGUCUGUGUGGUCGGUGUAUAUGACGAGAGGCAUGGAGAUGCGGCCGGUGCAAUAGUAGUGCUUCGCCAAGAUGCCCAACUUACGACAGAGCUGGUAAAGGAUCAUGUCAGAAAACGCUUACCAUUAGAUGAAAAGCAACUGCAUGCUGGUAUAAUUUUCAUCGAUCGUCUUCCGCAAAAUACCAAUGGGAAGAUACGAAAACGAGAGGCGAGAGCUUUAUUUGAGGUAAAGUGAAAUUAUAAGGACGUUAAGAAUAUAUCUAAGUAACAUUUCAUUAAAGUGAUAGCUGUAAAGGAAAUUAUAUAUAUACAUACUUGUAUAUAUAAGAAUGAAUAAAAUUUUAGGUGGAAAAAUAUCUCUUAAUAAAAAAUUACGUGUUACUUUGUUUGUCUGGGGUCUGAGCUACUGAAUCGAUGUUAGUAGAAUUUAACACACUAUGUUCAACUGUAUCUCAAUUAUGUUGAAAAAUAUGUUUCAAAACCAUAAAAAAAAAUUAAAAUUAAAAAAUAAAAAAAAUUUGGGAAAAGCCAAGUUCUGGUGUAAGCAACCAUUUUAUAUUUUUGCAAGGAUCAAAGACGGAAUCCGAAUUUCAAUUAUAUAUCUCACCCAUUGACCGAUACUUUCGGUAAAAAAUCAACCACGGGCACUGGAGUCCAAACUGUAUCUGGGGGCUUGA